AUGGUCUCGCCGCGGGGCAUCGGCACCUUCGUGGUGUGGGACUACUUAGUGUUCGCCGGGAUGCUGCUCAUCUCGGCCGCCAUCGGCAUCUACUACGCCUUCGCGGGGGGCGGCCAGCAGACCUCCAAGGACUUCUUGAUGGGCGGCCGCAGUAUGACCGCCGUGCCCGUGGCGAUGUCCCUCACCGCCAGCUUCAUGUCGGCUGUCACGGUCCUGGGCACCCCCUCCGAAGUCUACCGUUUUGGGGCCAUAUUCAGCAUCUUCGCCAUCACCUACUUCUUUGUGGUGGUCCUCAGCGCGGAGGUCUUUCUCCCGGUAUUCUACAAACUGGGAAUUACCAGCACCAACGAGUAUUUAGGACUUCGAUUUAACAAAUAUGUUCGUCUCUGUGGAACAAUCCUCUUCAUUGUUCAAACGAUUUUGUAUACUGGAAUUGUUAUCUAUGCCCCUGCCCUGGCUUUGAAUCAAGUCACAGGAUUCAAUCUGUGGGGUGCUGUAGUGGCUACUGGUGUGGUCUGCACAUUCUACUGCACUAUGGGUGGUCUUAAAGCGGUUAUCUGGACAGAUGUUUUUCAAGUUGGGAUCAUGGUGGCUGGAUUUGCAUCUUUGAUUAUACAGGCUGCAUUGAUUCAAGGUGGAAUCGGUACUAUUCUAAAUGAUGCCUAUAAUGGAGCAAGAUUAAACUUCUGGAAUUUUAAUCCUAACCCUUUGCAAAGACACACAUUCUGGACAAUUGUUAUAGGAGGGACCUUCACAUGGACCAGCAUCUAUGGAGUCAACCAAUCCCAAGUGCAGAGAUAUAUUUCCUGUAAAAACAGAUUCCAGGCAAAAAUGUCUCUCUACAUCAAUCUUGUGGCACUCUGGUUGAUCCUGACCUGCACAGUGCUAUGUGGGCUCGCCCUGUAUUCCAGAUACCGUGACUGUGAUCCUUGGACAGCCAAGAAAGUGUCUGCACCAGACCAGCUCAUGCCUUAUUUGGCACUGGACAUUCUGCAAGAUUAUCCGGGACUUCCUGGACUUUUUGUGGCCUGUGCUUACAGUGGAACAUUAAGCACAGUGUCCUCCAGUAUUAAUGCCUUAGCAGCAGUAACUCUGGAAGACCUAGUAAAAUCUCGCUUCCAAUCUCUCUCAGAAAGGUCUCUCUCUUGGAUUUCCCAAGGAAUGAGUGUGCUGUUUGGAGCUUUGUGUAUUGGAAUGGCUGCGCUGGCAUCACUAAUGGGAGCUCUGUUGCAGGCCGCACUCAGCAUAUUUGGCAUGGUUGGGGGACCACUUCUGGGCUUAUUUGCUUUGGGGAUUUUGGUUCCCUUUGCCAACUCAAUAGGAGCACUUGUGGGUCUGCUGGCUGGAUUUACCGUUUCUUUGUGGGUCGGAAUUGGAGCUCAACUUUAUCCUCCACUUCCUGAGAGAACUAUGCCAUUAAGCCUUGAAACCUACGGCUGUAACAGCACAUACAAUGGGACAGAUUGGAUGACAACCACAGAAGUGCCAUUUUCUACCAGUGCUUUUCAAGUGUACAACGUUGAAAGGACUCCACUGAUGGAUAACUGGUAUUCUUUAUCAUAUCUAUACUUCAGUACUGUUGGAACUUUGGUAACGUUAUUUGUGGGAAUGCUUAUCAGCUUAUCAACAGGAGGAAGAAAACAAAACAUAGACCCCAGAUUCCUACUAACCAAAGAGGACUUUUUAUCCAAUUUUGACAUUUUUAAGAAAAAGAAGCAAGUUUUAGACUAUAAAUCUCAUCCAAUAGAAGAUGAUGGAAAUGAUAAUCCUGGCUUCAACCAUAUUGAAUUGAACUGCACAGAUCAAAGUGGCAAGAUCAAUGGGACUCGUUUGUGA